CACAGAGUCCCGUACAGCGUUCAGUUUGGCGCGAGAUCCCGUGGGCAACGAACGCGAUCUUCCCACAUCGCACUUGUACAUGUUUAUUGAAAAUCUUUGGAAGUUCUCAUAAACUUUAAAUUGUUUGCUACAAAAUUAGAAAGAUUAUUUUUAUUUUUGAGAAGAAAAAAAGUUGAUUUGCUGAACAUUUGAUUGAUUUGUUGAAAGUUUUAAAAAGUUUUGUUAAUCAGAUAAUAUGAUUGUCUGGUUGUUAAGUGGUUUGUUUAUUGCGGGAGGCGGAGGAGCACAGUUAGGAGAGACAGAAAACUGUGACGCUGGAGACCUGAACAUGUGCGUGAGCCUCAUUCCCCGCACACCCGUCGGCCUGCCCAGGAACAAACACGAACUGGACGCUCACUGCCAGGCAUACCAUACAGGCAUGGUGUGUAUGGACGCGUGGAUCAAGCGCUGCCUCCCCACAGAUGGUCAGAAGUUACUGCAGCAGCAGAUCGGAGGCGCGCGAGCACUCAUGCGCUUUCUAUGUACAAAUGACACGGCUCUUAGGAGAGAAUUUUUGAAGGAGCCAACGUGUUGGGGUCGUGUCAGCCCCGACUGGAGUCGAUGUGUGGAUGAAUUGCAAGUCGCCGUUCGAGAGAACACGGACCGCGCCCAACAGCUCACGUAUUUCAAUAGGAACGCCGAACUGUGUUGUGCACGAGACGACUUCAUUCAAUGCGUGGCGAACGCCGGACGGUCGUGUUCGAUAGCCGCGAGCACGCUGCUCAGGCGCAUGGCGUGGGUCUUAGCGCAAGAUAUAGCGGCGUGCAACCAGCAGCCGCGGGCUUACUGCGCUGCUCCACCCCCACCAAUCACUGCGCCAUUGCUCACUGCUAUAUACGGCUUUUUGUUUUACCCACCACGUUUGUGAAUUCAUGGAUAAAUGUAUAUUUUUAUUAUAGUAACGUCUAAAGAUUUUUUUGCAAAUUAAAAUCACAGUUCUGUUUUUUAUAAUUUUGUUUUUUUUUGUUUGUUGCAAGACAGCGGCGUGCAAACAGCAGCCGCGGGCUUACUGCGCUGCGCCACCCCCACCAAUCACAGCGCCAUUACUUACUGCUAUAUACGGCUUUUUGUUUUACCCACCACGUUUGUGAAUUCAUAAAAAGAAUACCUAUUAUUUUAUAAAAAAAAAUGUGAAUUUUCAGAAUUCUGUUUUUAUCAUUUUGACAAUUUACCUGGAAUAGUAAGAGGAGUUGAUGAUAAUAAUAUGAUUGUUUUUUUUGUACUACCUACUCUGUUUGGUCUUUAUUCGCUGACAGUAAAAUUGCUUUAAGUCAGUGUUAAUUGUUAAAAUGUUAAAGCUUUAUUUAACUUAUUCUUAUUUAAUAGUUUGUUUUUGUAUCUAUUGCCAUUUUCAUUUACAAGGAAGCAUAAAAACAAAGUUUAUUGUAAAAUAGUAUAAACUAAACAUUAUAAUUUAAAAGUAAAAAGACGCCAUAAUAAGAAAAGUGUACAUAUGUAAUAGUUUUAAUUAAUAAUUGUCGACACGUUUCUUGUAAUUGUAUUUAAAUCUAUAAAAAAGUUUCUAAGCAACAAAUAGUUUAUUUAAAAAUAAGCUUUUUUAUUAGUUUAAGCUAGUAGAUAUUUUAUGAAAUGUGAUUUUAACAUUAGGUCAUUAGUUCGAUGUGUCUUUAUAUGUGUUUAUAAAAAAUAUAGUUUAUUGUAAAUAAUAAGCCGAUUAUGAUACUAAAGUAUUGAGAUAAUUUAUAGAAGCUGAAAUAUAAGUAAUUUUAUAAUGAAAAUGAUGGAUAUGUUGAAUGUUUCUGGACAAAUAAAUGUGAAUGUAAAAA